AGGAAGUCUACCAGGUUAAUGUUGGCAUUUUUUUUAGAUGCACAAUCCAAGGCUUUCAGUCGUAAUUAUUUGUAUUAGAUUUUGCGUAAAACCUACUGAUUCUACAAGAUGACAAAGGGAAUACGUCGCAGGCCGUGAUGUAUUACGCCAGCCCGCAUGUACUGGUUUUAUUUUGAAAGCGUUGACCAGAAGUAGGGCAGCGGCUCUUCACCUUGGUUGACGUGUAACACAGGGGAGAGGCGUAGGGUGAGGUCUGUUGUGGCUGUGAAAACAAAGGGGGAAAUGAGGGAAGUUAAAUGAGGGAAGCUUGUAAUUUUUGACCGGUUCGGAGCUUUGUUAGUCCCGGCGAGCUGCAGCUCUCUCGAGUCUGCCUGCGGCGUUAGCCGUUAGCUUCAUGCCGCUACACCAGUGUACGGCCAAACCGGCGUCUUUGUCUAGCGUCCUUAUCAUGCUCCGUUUGUCCGCCUGAGCUAAAAACGUCUUAAUAGAGCCGACCAGAGCAGGUCGGAAUGAGCCCUCUUUCCCUCUAGAGAUGUAUCAUAUCCCCGCUGGAUGCGUCCCGUUCAACGUCGACCCUGCGAACAAGUAGACGAGCCAGCCUGACAAAUGGCAGCCCAGAGAGCUAAACCGGCGGCCAGCGGGGACAGCUCCCUCCGGGAUGGGAGGAGUAGCGCGGGCUGUCCCGCAGAGGCAGCGGCCAACAGCCGGGCGUACAGCCUGGAUGAGCUGGAGACCAUGGCUACUGUGGGAACGGGGACGUUCGGCCGAGUCUUCCUAGUCAAGGACAAGAAAAGCAAGGCCUUCUUUGCACUAAAACAGAUGAAGAUUUCUGAUGUGAUCCGGCUGAAGCAGGAGCAGCACGUUCACAACGAGAAAGAGGUGCUGACAGAAAUCAGCCACCCUUUUCUCAUCAGGCUCUUCUGGACCCACCAUGAUGAUCGCUUCCUCUACAUGCUGAUGGACUACGUCCCGGGCGGAGAGCUCUUCAGCUACCUACGCAGCCGCGGGCGAUUCAGCAAUGCCACAGGCCUCUUCUACACCUCUGAGAUUGUAUGCGCCAUCGAGUAUCUUCAUUCGAAAGAAAUAGUCUACAGAGACCUGAAGCCCGAGAACAUCCUGCUAGACUUUGAGGGACACAUCAGGCUGACUGACUUUGGCUUUGCUAAGAAGCUGUCUGAUAGGACCUGGACUCUGUGCGGAACCCCUGAGUAUUUGGCUCCUGAAGUGAUCCAAAGCAAAGGGCACGGUCGGGCCGUGGACUGGUGGGCUCUGGGCAUCCUCGUCUUUGAGAUGCUGGCUGGGUAUCCGCCUUUCUUUGAUGACAAUCCGUUUGGGAUCUACCACAAGAUUCUGUCUGGAAAACUUGAAUUCCCGCGCCAUCUGGAUUUCUACGUCAAAGACCUCAUCAAGAAGUUUCUGGUCAUCGACCGAGCCAGACGGCUCGGCAACAUGAAGAACGGAGCCGAGGAUGUGAAAAAGCACCGAUGGUUCAAGACGGUGGACUGGGAAGCUGUUCCUCUAAGGAAACUCAAGCCUCCAAUAGUUCCUAAAGUGUCCCACGAGGGCGACACAUCCAACUUUGACGUGUACCCAGAGGACGACUGGAAGAAAGACCCGCCUGUGCCUCAGAAAGACCUGGAGAUCUUCAAGAACUUCUGAGGAUGGCCAAUGGACGGAACAUUUAGUAAAGCUGCUGCUCCUAGCACUAUCAUGGAGACGUCACACGUCUCUCACAGCAUCCUGUUCCCUGAACAAUGACCCCCUAAGAUCCAAACUGCAGGUGACAAAUGCUGUGAGAUGUAUGAAACUACACAGAUCUGUAGCUUUUUAUGUUUUUUCUUUUUUAUUUAUCUGACUUUCAGUCACACCGUUACUGUUUUGAACCUUUUUUAUUUGAGUUUCUUUCUUUUUCUCUGAGCCUGCUCUUAUGCAAAAAAAAAAAAAACAAAGUUUCCUUU